UCUUCCAUCCCUCUCCUCCUCAAAAAAGCUGGAGAAUUGCGAACUUCCCCUUUAGUAUAUCUCUCAGUCCCCAUUUUCUCAGAUUUGAUUUCUUCUUCUCUUAAUUGGAUAAUCCACCUGCUCCUUUCUACAAUGAGUUGUAGAGACAAAGGGUCAUCAUCAUCCUCAUCUUCUUCUUCUUCACCAGCAACCACGGUUAACGAAGCCUAUGUGAAGAAUCGGAUACAAGAGCUUGUUCGUCUUAUUAAAGUUGCUCGUCUCUAUAGACAAGACAAUCUCCCUUCCCUUAUCCAACAGGGUCUCUAUCUCGGAUCCUUCGCAGCAGCUUCCAACAAGAACGUACUGAAGUCUUGCAACGUUACUCACAUCUUAACCGUAGCUACCUCCUUGACACCUGCUCACCCUCACGAUUUCCUCUACAAGGUUGUUCCAGUUGUGGAUAAGGAAGACACAAAUUUGGAAGUAUACUUCGAUGAGUGUAUCCAUUUCAUUGAUGAGGCCAAGAGGCUUGGCGGUAGCGUUCUUGUCCAUUGCUUCGUUGGCAAAUCACGCAGUGUCACUGUAGUUGUUGCUUACCUCAUGAAGAGACACGGAAUGACUUUUACCCAAGCAUUGCAACAUGUUAAGAGCAUUAGACCCGUGGCUAAUCCUAACGCCGGUUUCAUCAGGCAAUUACAGGACCUCGAAAAGUCUUUACAAGAUUGUAAAAAAAGAUUUAAUGACUAGACCUCUAAAUUAGAGGUUCUUUACUUUGUCUUUAUGGGGGCAAUAGUAAUGGAAUAGUUGAUUGGCCAGAACCCGUAGGACGCAAAGCAAAGUGUUGUGGAGGAAGCGAGAAUCGCUUGUUGCCCACUGUCAACUGUGAAGACCCCACCAAGAUCAUACCUUAAAGAGGAAACUUGUAAAUCUCAAACGAAGCUUCAUAUGAUUCUUUUGUUCUUUCUCCUUUAACAACUUGAUAAAAAAUGUAAACGAUUCUGUAAAGUUUUACUGUUUCAUGAAAGUCAUAGCCUA